AUGUCAAUGUCUUCUAAGGCAAAAAAGGUUAGGAUUUCGGUGGGUGCUAAUAUAAUUGCUUAUGGAAACAAACAACUAGCAGCAACUGUUGUGGAGAUGGAGGAAAAUUCUCUUGCCCUUCUUCUCUGUCGCUCUCUGGGUUUGGCGGCUGGCCCUACACAGCCCCCAAAUCAUGUAGAAAGGUUAGCUAAAGGGUGUAAUCCCUCUUUUGUUUGUGGUACUAAUUCUAUAGGUUCUAAAGGUGGUUUAGUGGUUUUAGGUUGGUGUCCUUUUGAGGUAUUUUGUGUUUUCUCUUUACAAAAUGUUGUACUUUGUAAAAUCAAAAUCUCUUUUGGAAAUGAAUGGGAAGUAAUGUUUGUCUAUGGCGCACCUUUAGUUGAGGACCGGGUACAGGUCUGGGAUCAAAAUUUAUUUUUAUUGACUCUUUACCCUACUUGUCUUGUAAUUGGUGAUUUUAAUCAAGUUGCAAAUUAUUCAGACAAACUAGGAGGGUCUUCGAUGAUUAGAGGGUGGGAUGAAUUUAUUCGCUGGCGUUUAGCGUCAAGUCUUAUUGAAGUUCCGUUUUCUGGAUCGCCUUUUACUUGGACCAAUAAAAGAGAAGAUCAAGACCUCAUUUUGGAAAGAUUAGACAGGGCUUACAUGACAACUGAUUGGUUUUUAAAGUUUCAUGAUAGUAGGGUAAUUAAUCAUCCAAUCCUUGUGUCAGAUCAUGCAGCUAUUGUAUUUGAAACAGAUUAUUUGGUUUUCAAAAAGAAUCGACCUUAUCAAAUCGAGAAUUGGUGUCUAUCUUUUUCAGAAGUCUCAAAAAUUGUGGAGGAAGUUUGGAAUUUAUCCAUAGCUGGAAAUAAGGUUUCAGAUUUGAACACAGGAAAUACUUAUAUUUCCCAGGUGGCGGAUGCUCGAUCCAGCGCAAAUUUACAGUUUCAAUAUUGGUCUCAAAGAAUGAAGGAGAUGUGGAUUGCAAAGGGUGAUUGUCCUUCGAAGAUUUUGUUUGCUAGAGUUAAAAAAAGACAAGCUACAAAUGUUAUUCGUAGGCUUAGAAUUUCAGAUUCUGGAUUUGCAGAAGGCCAAGAAGAAGUGGAAAAUGUUGUAGUUUCCAAUCUGAAGACAUUGUUUCAUUUCGAUGCUCCUUUAUUCCAGAAUGAUGACCUGGAUAAUGUUCUUAGAGAAAUUGAUGUUCCUCAACUUUCAACUUCACAGAUAGAAGCGUUGCUAAAACCCUUUUCAGGUUCAGAAAUAAGGGAACUCGGUGAUUCAAAGUGUUCAACACUUCUUCAACACGGGUCAUAUGUUGAAGGAAUGGAACCAAAAAUUGUUGGUAAUGAUACCAAAACUUCAAAAUCCAGAAGAGGUAGGAUGCUAACAUUAGGUAGGGAGUUGAAGUUCUUUCAAGGAAUUCAACCUUCUCAUCGUGGCCCUUGUAUUUCUCAUCUAUUUUUUGCAGACGACGCCAUGAUUUUCUUCAAAGUAAAUGAUGAUGCUUGUUUGAAGAUGAGGAAUAUUCUAGCUAGGUUUUGUGCCAUUUCGGGGCAACAACUGAACUUGCAUAAAUCUUUUGUGAAGUUUAGCCCGAAUACUUCCACGGAGGGUCAAGGCAGAUACAAGGACAUUUUAAGGAUGCCACAAAUAAAUAAAUUUGAACCACAUUUGGGUGUCCCUAUAGACGUCAUGGGGAAACGUUCUACUCAUUUCAAUUUCUGGAUUGAUAAAGUAGCAAAUCUGUUAACAUCAUGGAAUGUCAUUCCCUUAUCACAACAACAAAAGCUUAUUUUGAUCAACUCUGUGGUGGUUUCAAUGGUAGCUCAUGUGCUAAACUGCUUGGAAAUACCAUUAGGGAUUGCAAACAAAUUAGAUUCCAUGAUCGCUACUUUCUUUUGGGCCAAGCAAGGUUUGACAGGAUUGCACUGGGUGCGAAAAGAAAUUCUCCACUCGCCUAAAGGUAUGGGCGGCUUAGGAAUUCGAGGUAUAUCUAGUUACAAUUCAGCUUUUUUUGAUGAAACAAGCAUGGAGGUUGCAUCGAAAUCCACAACUCCUCCUUUCAAAGAUUUAUCAUGCAAAAGAUAA